AUUCUUUUAAAUAUUAUUGCACAACACAAGAAUGAGUAUAAAAGAAUGAUCAACUGUCUCAAUAAAGCAUUGAGCACUUGAAGGAGAUCCAGUGAUCUGAACAUCUCAGCCUCGAUUGACUACAAAAAUGAUGACGGUGUUCGUCGUGGCUCUGCUUUCUGUUUUCACGGCGUCUGUUGUCUCUGGAUUCAAGCCGUUCGACUGUUCUGAAAUCUACAAAUCAGGACAAACAGUCAGUGGGAUUUACUCCAUCUAUCCAGCCGGCAACAUUCCUGCCUCCGUUUACUGUCAGAUGAUUUCAGAUGGGAAAGAUGAAGAGAACGGAGGAUGGACGGUGUUUCAGAGACGAAUGGACGGCAGCGUUAGCUUCUAUCGGCUGUGGGAAGAGUACAAGAGAGGAUUCGGGAAUGUGGAGGGCGAAUACUGGCUGGGGCUGGAGAACCUCUACCAGCUGACACAACACAAGAAGUUCAUGCUGAGAGUGGAUCUGGAGGACUUUACUGGAAGGAGAGGUUUUGCUCAGUACUCGUCCUUCUCUGUGGGUUCUGAAGCUGAAGGAUAUAAACUGCAGGUUUCUGGAUUCACUGAUGGAGGAGCAGGAGACUCACUGUUCUUCCACAAUGGAAUGAAGUUCACCACCUAUGACAAGGACCAAGACAACACUGAAAAGAACUGCGCCAGAAUGUAUCUAGGAGGAUUUUGGUAUAAUGCCUGUCACUAUGCGAACCCCAAUGGUGUGUACUUAGGGGGAGAAGACAAGACCGUGUUUGCCAUUGGAAAUGUUUGGUACACCUGGAAGAACAAUUUAGAUAUUGGUAUGAAAUUCAUCACCAUGAAGAUCAAACCUGUGUCUUAAAUGCAAAGCAAGGCUUAGAUUUUUACUUUGCUCUGUCUGCUUAGUUUGUUAACAGUCUUUUUUUGUAUUGGGUCAUUUAUGACCUUUUUAACAAAUCAUUAACACGUUUGAAUAAACUCCUGCAAUGAAAGGCA